AUGAAGCUAAGUCUCGGGCUCAGUAACCGACUACUGGUACUCACUCGAGUUCAGUCGUCUCACCUUGUAGCUAGUGCUACCAUUGUUGCUCUCGUUAUCAACUUUCAACGUAUCAAUCGUCUUAUUACUGCGGCAUCGCAAAGGUUUUCAACAGUGAUUUGCAGCGUCUUCCAAGGACUGUUCGGCUUCACUUAUAUUGAUACAAUCUCAAACAAACAAAUCCGUCUCAUUCGCCUCCCCGACUCAAGCUCAAGCUCAUCCCCAAAUAUCACUCUUCAUACCUUCUACCUAGACCAAUGCCCACCAUAUCUCGCCCUCUCGUAUACUUGGGGUCCCGCUGUGAAGAAUACAUCCUUCUCGCCUAACAAGAGAUAUACAAUAACGCUCGAUGGCAAGUCAUUUACUGUCCAGCCAAAUCUCUACGAUGCACUCUCUCAACUAUGCCUCUCAAGACCAGGCCACUACCACUGGGUCGACGGCAUCUGCAUCAACCAACAAGACCUAACAGAGCGUUCUGCCCAAGUAGCUAUAAUGGAUCACAUCUACAACGGCGCAUUUGAGACAGUAGUAUGGCUUGGAACCGCUACGGACAAGACAAAUAGAUCUGUUGAGAUCGUGCAGGAAAUCGCUAAAGGCGCGGAGGCAAAGAUCAUCGAAUGGGGAAAGACCCAAUCAUACGGCGAUGUCUUCAUCGCUUAUGAUCCAGAAAUGUUGAAGAGGAACGGUCUUCCUGGUCUUACGGCGGAUGACUGGGUGGCGCUUGGGGAUAUCUACACAAGAGCUUGGUUCGGUCGAACGUGGAUGAUUCAAGAGGUCGCACUCUCCCGAGCUGCAACUGUUCUCAUCGGGCAUCAUGAGAUUCCUUGGGAUGCAGUUGGCGAUACAGCAGGCUUAAUCAACAUGUCUGGUGCUCUCGUCGGUUUAUUCUCUGUUGGCUCAGACUUACAACCUAUCCCUCUGAUACAAUCCAUCAUCCAUGCUUCAGACCUCCACGUCACCCGGCAAUGGAGCCAAGACAAAGAAAGUCGUUACAAAGACCUCUUAAGAAACAUCGACUACUCAGUGGGCAUACAAGAUGAUCACCCUAAAAGGCUGUUACUUGAACUACUGCUGAGUAGCAUCGGUUUCAGAGCGACUGUUCCUCGAGAUCGGGUAUACUCCCUAAUCGGCAUUGUCAAUCACAUGAACCAAGCCAAAGGACGACCUCGCUUGGAUCUCAAUAUUGACUAUGAAUCUUUCGACGACGUUGUUCUCACUCAACUCGGCAUCAGUUUUCUCGAAGAUACUAAAGCUCUUCAUCUCCUCUCCCUCGCUGGUAUCGCCAGCCGAGCUAAACCGUCCAACCUACCAACAUGGAUACCCUCGUUCGACCUUGUUCAUGCCCCUGUCUUAGGUCCUAGCUAUACAACACUCCCACAAUUCGAUGCUUCAGCUAGUGCUGAGGCAGUUUUCACCAUCGACAGAGACCUAUAUCGUCUCAACGUCAAGGCCGUGAGCCCUCAUCUUGGUUCCAUAGAGGAACUCGGCGAGCUAUGGUCUGAUGUUUGUCAAGGCAACUUCAACAACACUAUGAAGAUGCUGCUUCACUGUGGUAAAACAUACAUACCUACGGGCCAGCCCGUCGUUGAAGCCUUCUGGCGCACUCUCAUCAUGGAUAGCGAUCAAUCCCAACGUCCUGCGCCAUCACAUCUUGCUGAAUCCUUCUCUAAGUGGAUACUUCUCAUCACUAUCAAGGCAUUGAUCGCACGUCAGUCUAGGAGCCCAUCCAUAUAUGACCAAUUCGAUGCCUUGGAGCCCUUAUGGACACUCGCCAAUACUCGGGAUUCUACUAAUACUCUGCCCAAAACGAGUGACAUGAUACCAUUAUUAUUUGAGUUGGGCUUACGACAUGACCCGGCCGUCCGAGUCAAUACCGAAUCAGAGAACCAGGAUAAGUUCACUCCCUGGGAGAAAGCAUCUGCUCAUUUUGAAGCACUAUUACGCAUAAGCAUCGUUGCAAAUAGACGCCUCGUAAGGACUGUCAGAGGUUACCUGUGUCUAGUUCCCCUUCACGCCGAAGUUGGAGACAGAAUCAUGAUCGUUUCAGGCUGUGCUACUCCUUUGGUAUUGCGAAGAAAGGGUCCAUCUGACAGUUGCUUUCAAGUGGUUGGCGACGCGUACGUCCAUGGUGCCAUGUUUGGGGAGCACAUCACAGGUGACUUCACAUGGAGAGAUAUUCAUCUGAUUUGA